CAUAUCUGUUUCUUUUUUACUUUUUUUUUUCUCUCAUUUUGUGAACGGCCUUUCGCCAUAAAACUCUCUACCCCUUUCUUUUCUCUGUUAACAUUUUAGGGUUAGGGUUUUAAAACACACCGCUAUUUUUACUCUUUUUUCCUUCUUUGAAUUGGGUUUUGGGUUUUGUUCAAUUUGUGAUUUUUCUGGGUUUUUUUUUGGGUGUGUUGACCUAUCAAUGCCUCAGAAUCAACAUAUCAAAUUGUGUGGACAAGUGAGAGGUUUUGGUUUCUUUACGUUUAGGAAUCCUUUGAAAGUUUGUUCCUUUGUGCUAUUUGUAGAGCGUGCAUAGCUGCUUUGAUUAGUUCUAAGCUUCUAUGGCGCCCAGUCGAAGAAAAGGUACAAGUAAAGCGGCGGCGGCUGCUGCAGCUUGUCGUCAGUGGAAAGUCGGUGAUCUUGUGCUUGCUAAGGUUAAAGGGUUUCCAGCUUGGCCUGCAACGGUGAGCGAGCCAGAGAAGUGGGGUUAUUCCAGAGACCGGAAGAAAGUGUUAGUUUACUUUUUUGGGACCCAACAAAUAGCCUUCUGCAAUCCUGUGGAUGUCGAAGCAUUUACUGAGGAUAAGAAACAGUCUCUUUUUGUUAAGCGUCGUGGAAAAGGUGCUGAUUUUAUUCGUGCUGUGCAUGAAAUUAUUGAUUGCUUUGAGAAGUUGAAAACGGAGCAACCAGUCAAUGGUAGUUCUACCGAUGAAGUUACUGUUAGGAGUGACAAUGUGGCUGUUGAAUUGACUAGAACACAUUUGGAGGGUGAAGCUCUCAACACACUUGAAUCUUCAUCAAAAAUGAACCAUGGAGGUGAAAGUGAACCAGACUUUGAAAAUGAGGCUGGUGCAGUUGCUGCAAAAGACGACAUGUCCCAUGAUGGGGAAAUGCUGUCAGUUGAUCCUACAGGUGUGGAGGUUAUGGACGGGCCAGCUACAAAGACUUAUUCUACCCGAAGGAAAAUUGUAGGCGGAAGGUCAAGAAAUGGUGCUGUGGAUAGAAGGGUUCCAUCUGCACGCAGGUUGAGAAGUUCAUUGAGAGCCGAUCCGGAAGUACUUCAAAAACGUUUGUUUCCCUCUGGCCCUCUCACCAUGAAUGCCGGAUAUGGUGCUAAUACUGUAAGGGAUCGAUAUAUGAGAAGGAAUAAAAUGGAUGGUAAACUAUCAGAUGGUUUAGAUAGGAACAAUAUGGAACAAUCUGAUUUUGUCUCUAAUGGCAGCACAGAAGAGAGUGAUUCGGAAAUUGCUACUGUUGACUCUUGCAGUGUUAGCUUAAAUGAAGGAAGCAGUGUGGAAUCUGGUUGUAAACCUGUAUAUAAGUGUGCUGUUCAAGGUGUAUCGGAGGUUGAGUUGAGCCAUAGGCUCGAGUUCCAAAGUAGUGCAGUAAUACUCAAGAAGAAACGGAAGCCAAAUAGAAAGAGGCUGCACAUUGAUUUAUCCGAGUCCUCUGCUGGGUUAGACAAAGAUGCAGCUCCGGAGAUACUGACUGCUAGAACUACAGAUGUUUUGCCAGGCGACCCUGUAAAAUCUGAUGAAAAUAAUUCCAAGGAAUUGAAGGAAGAUGGUGAUGAGCACUUACCACUGGUCAAGAGAGCCAGGGUGCGUAUGGGUAGAUCAGCACCUGAAGGGGAGGUGCUAGAUAAUGAGGUUCUGAAUGAUGCAAAAUCACCAGGAGAUUCUGACAAGUCUUUGGAACAGGUACCCGAGGGAGAUGGAUCUUGCCUUCAGAACUCUACUUGUAUUAAAAGUGACGCAUAUGACUCAUCUCCAUCAAAGAAAUGUUCUUCCAAAAGACCCUCUUUUUGGGAAAUCCGUAAACAGUUUGGUGGUUCACUGGAUGGUGAAUCUGCUUUACCUCCAUCCAAACGGCUUCAUCGUGCCUUGGAGGCUAUGUCAGCUUAUGCUGCAGAUGAUGACAAACAAGAUGUGGAUGGGCUUUGUAAAAUGAAGACAUCUAUCAACGGGUAUUGCUCAAGCUCCAAGGAGGUUUGCUCUGAACUGUCUGGAGGUAUUAAAGUUGAGAAAAACUCUGAUGCGGAUAGAAUAAGAAGUCCAGCUAAUUCUGUGCAGGAAGAUGCUGCUAUUGUGGCCAGUGCUAAAGCGUUAGUAGCUCAGGAAGGCUUGCAACAUUUAUCAGAUGUGCCAGCUCUUACUACACCUUUAGCUUGUGAUGAUAGCUCAGCAAAGGUGUCCUAUGAAGAUAAAUGUGAUGUUUCAGAUGCUGUUAUUCAGACCCCUCAAAAAGUAGAGUCUUCAAAUGACUGCCCUUCUAGCACUUUUGUUGCACAUUCUGCUAAUGCCGAGUCUGAUGAUGGUGAGUUGCAGGGUACCUUUAAAUGUAAAUGUCCCUCACCAGAGCUAAUCAUGACAUCUGAUGAAAAUUGUGAAAACGAAGCUGCAGAGUCCGCAAAACAUUUUGAAGAUCCAAUUUCUGAAGUUUCUGGGAGAUCUGCUGACUGUGGAUCUAAUGAUGAGAUAAUUAUGAGUUCACCAGAAAAAAGUGAUAUGAUGAGGUUGGCUAGUGCAGAGGCUGAAUGUGGUAAAAAUAACAACCUGUGCCAGGUGUCAUUAGAUGUGAGCAUUCAAGACAAAGACAAGUCACUUAAAUUGAAAGAAGCUGGAUUAGAAUCAAAGAAUAUAAGUGUGACUUCAUCUUCAAGCCCUGAAAAAGUUGUGGAUGUGUCACUCAAGGAGUUGCAUGUGUCUGGUUUGAGCUCUGUAUCUGAUGAUCAGUUUGGCGAUAAAGCUGUCUCAACCACCCUUUCAUCAUCCUCUCACGACUCCUUUGUUAGGAUAUCUACACCAAAUACUUUAACUUGCAACAUGUCUACUGUAGAUAGUAGCAGGCAUGUAAGUAUUGGAAGCUCUAGUCCUUUGCCUCAUCAGCUACAUGACAAACAAAGGACCAGUGGGAAACUGAGCAGCAGAGGAGAAGCUAAUGGUGCUUUGGGUUCCUUUGAGGCCGCUCUUGGCAUACUGACAAGGACAAAAGAAAGUAUUGGGCGGGCCACACGUGUUGCGUUAGACUGUGCUAAACUCGGUGUUGCUUCCGAGGUUGUGGAGAUCAUUGCUCAGAAGUUGGAAAACGAGUCGAGCUUACGUAGAAGGGUGGAUCUUUUUUUUCUUGUUGAUUCUAUUGCACAGUUUUCUAGAGGACUGAAAGGUCACAUUGGCGGCAUAUAUCCUUCUGCAAUUCAGGGAGUAUUGCCUCGUCUCAUAUCAGCAGCUGCUCCUCCUGGCAGUAGUUCUCAGGAAAAUCGAAGGCAAUGUUUGAAAGUUUUGAGGGUUUGGCAGGAAAGGAAGAUUAUUCCCGAGUCAGCUAUUCGACCCUACAUACGAGAACUUGAGUCCUUUUGUGGUUCAUCAUUAGGUCGUGGAUUCUCUCGACGUCCCAUGAGGACCGAAAGAGCUUUUGAUGAUCCAAUUAGAGAAAUGGAGGGCAUGCUGGUUGAUGAAUAUGGAAGCAAUUCGAGUUUUCAACUUCCUGGCUUUCGUAUGCCUGCAAUGCUCAAGGAUGAAGAAGUAAGUGAUUCUGAUGGUGAGAGUUUUGAGGCUGUCACUCCCGAACACCCUGCUGGGAAGCCCAAUGGAGAAGAGGCUAUCCUGGUUAUUGAGAAGCACAAACGUAUCCUGGAAGAUGUUGAUGGUGAACUUGAAAUGGAAGAUGUGUCCCCCGUGUGUGAAGGUGAAAAUGCUUCCAUCAGUCACAGCAUUGGAACAGAUUCUGGUCAAAUUUCACGUCCUAAUUUUGGAGCCUCCUUCCAUCCCCCACUUCCGAAGGAUGGCCCCCCUUCAUCUCCUCCUUUGCCAUCAUCCCCCCCUCCCCCUCCCCCUCCACCACCUCUGCCCUCAGUCAUGCCGGCGCCAUCUUCUUUUCCACCUCCAUCUUCUAUAUUGAAUCUCGCCCCCAGUAUAGUUCAGUCAAAGUGUUCAAUGGGUUCCCAGAAUAUCAAAGACAACUUGCAGGAAACCAUUUUUCAGCGGUGUUCAGUUGCACAUGUCCAUCUGGCAGUCUCAGAUGCUAUUCAUUGUCAGACCUCUGACAGCAGAGAGAUUCAUGGUGAGGGACCAUUGAAGGUGCUGGAUUCUUCUAGUUCACGUCCUUCCGGUACUGGAGCUGUGUCUCAUCCACCAUUCGGCUUGUCUAAUGUGGUGCACCCACCUGAUGGGGCUUCUGCCAAGGGCUUCCAUUUGCGGCCACCUCACCCCGCUCCUUCAAAUCAGUUCUCUUAUGUUCAAGCUGAUCAGCGGAGGGAUAUAUCAACUCCUUAUUCCAAUGUACUACAUAUGCAGAAUGGAGAUAAUAGAAGUUUUUCCAGAGAUCUUAAUGGAAUUAAGUCAGCGCGACGUGAAAUUGGAGAGAGCUGGAUGACACAAUCGCAUUAUUCUGGUCCAUGCUUUCCAGAUGGCUCUAGAGGUCACUUUGCUGGUGGAUCAUAUCCUGUUCCACAUGAACCACCUUUACCAAGCCACAAGUGGGGUUUCCCUCCUCGGGGUAUGAAUAGGAGGGAAAUCUUUACUCACAGACCACCGCCUGAACACUCAAUUCCAGUGACAUCUAGAGGUGAGAUCUUUUAUUUAUCUGGAAACCACAUGUCCUGUUCCCCUAUUUCCAAUGUCCUGGCUUUUGGAGACCAAGAUAAGAUGACGACGCAAGAGUGGAAGCUACAGCUGCUGGUAGUGCGGCUUGUUUAUACUAAUCUGAGAGUAAUUUGUGGGCAGAGGUGUGCACUGAAGGAGAGAACAGCGACGCAGUUCAUGCCAAAAGCUGUUACCUUUGGAAUCCCUCUCCCUUGUCUUGUUAAACCCAAUUCUGAGGUAGACUUUUAUAUUGGUCUUAAUACAAAAAUGGGAGCUUCCAAUUCAGUUCCACAGAAAUCAAUCCAUGAAUUUACUGUAAAGGACAGCAAAGGGAAAAAUGUAGACCUAAGCAUCUAUAAGGGAAAAGUGCUUCUUGUUGUUAAUGUUGCCUCUAAAUGUGGGUUCACAAGCACAAAUUAUACCCAAUUGACUCAACUCUACAACGAAUACAAGGAUAAAGGUUUUGAAGUCUUGGCCUUUCCCUGCAACCAAUUUUUGAAGCAAGAACCUGGUACAAGUGAGCAAGCUCAAGAAUUUGCUUGCACAAGAUUUAGCGCAGAAUAUCCCAUUUUCCAAAAGGUGCGAGUUAAUGGUCCGAAUGAGGCACCAGUCUACACAUUCCUUAAAGCAAGCAAAGGUGGUUUUCUCAGUAGAAGUAUCAAAUGGAAUUUCACCAAGUUUUUGGUUGAUAAGGAAGGAAAAGUUAUCCGGCGCUAUGGCUUAACUACUCCACCUUUAUCAAUCAAGGGAGAUAUCGAGAAGGCAUUGGGGGAGAAUUGAGAAGAUUGUAUCUUAGUAAAGAGGACAGUAGACGAAGCUUUAUGACAAAAUUGUAUUUGCUAAUAGUUGGUGUGCUCUUUAAGUUUAAACUCGUUCCUCUUUGUGACUUUGUUUGAAUGAUUUAUGUGCUAAUAUUAUAUGUAUAUUCUGUAUUUUAGCAGUGUCAAAAAUAAAUCGAACUAUACCAUCCGUCCAAAAUUUUAAGGAUUGGGUUCAAGAUAACGUAAAGUGAGUUCAAUUUCAACUCAUUCGAGCCUUAACCUAUUUUAAGAAAACUUUCAA